AACGGUCACCUGGAGCUGUGAUUGGCUCAGACCGUUCAUCCGGGUACUGCGCUAGAACGAGCCCAUUAGCUAAAGGUACCAAUAUGGCGGAGGCUUCCUUUGGGAGUUCAAGUCCAGUUGGCUCUUUAUCAUCAGAGGACCAUGACUUUGACCCAACUGCAGAAAUGUUAGUUCAUGAGUAUGAUGAUGAGAGGACCCUAGAGGAGGAGGAGUCUCUGGAAGGUGGGAGGAAUUUCAGCUCUGAACUUGCAGAUCUCGAAAAGGAAGGAAACAUGCCUUUGGAGGAACUUUUGGCUAUUUAUCGCUACGAGGCCUCAGCAGGCUCCAGUAUAGACAGUUCCUCAGGAGACCUCACUGAUGAGCUGCCUGACAUGACUUUGGACAAGGAAGAAAUUGCUAAAGACCUAUUGUCUGGUGAUUACGAGGAGGAGACGCAGUCCUCUGCUGAUGAUCUGACCCCCUCUGUUACCUCACAUGAGGCCACUGAUUUCUUCCCAAGAACACUAAGAUCCAAUGCUAUUUCCGAUGGAGAUAAAGAAUCAGAAUGUGAAGAGGAUGGCUCAAGUCCAGAUGACUCCAGAAAAGAAAUCAUGGUGGGCACAGAGUACCAAGCAGAUGUUCCAUCUUGCCUUUGUCACUACAAAGAAGGAGAGAAAGUGUAUGAAGACGAAGAUGAGCUACUAUGGAGCCCAGGUGUUUUGUCAGAAAACAAAGUGAGGACUUUCCUGUCUGAUGUAUUGUUGCGGACAACGUUUGAAAAGGGAGGAUAUGAUAAAUUAGGGAUGCAUGUUCGAGACAACGAGCAGGCUUUGCAUGAGCUUUUCAAAUGCAACUACAACACCCGUGAAGCACUAGAGAGAUACUGCAGCCAAGUAAAGUCCUCAAAAGGAAAAUUACCUCCAUGGUCAGAAGAGGAGUGCAAGAACUUUGAGCAUGCUCUGCAGAUGUAUGACAAGAAUUUUCACCUCAUUCAGAAACACAAAGUAACGUCACGAACGGUAGCAGAAUGUGUGGCGUUUUAUUACAUGUGGAAGAAGUCGGAGCGCUUUGACUAUUUUGUUCAGCAGAAUCGGUUUGGGAAGAAAAAGUAUAGCAGCUAUCCUGGUGUAACUGACCUGAUGGACAGGCUGGUGGAUGAAGCAGAGGGGCUAGCAGUGGACAGCUCCUCCUCCGUUUGUUCAGGAGCAGGUGGAGGAGGAAGGAUGGAGAGCACAGAACAGCAGCUUAGCCUCCUCAACUCCAUCACUGCCAGCGACCUCACAGCUUUGAGCAACACUGUAGCCACAGUAUGCACCCCCGCUGAGGUCAGUUGCCUGGACUCCUACAGCUUCCCUCCACUGGACAGUCUCCACCGUGGAUCCCUGAACCACGACGAAUCGCUCGGCUUCCCCUCAAACGGUGCCGACCCCGAUUGCCUCAACAUGCUGGACGCCGGCUUCUACCACUCAGACCUCGGUCAGCUUGGAGGAGUGUGUGUCAGUAAGGACUGCGAGCGACCUUCCAAGAGACUCAAGAUGGCUCUGCCCGACUCCUUUAUCAGUGACGUGUCCGUGGGUAACCUUGGUGUGGACUUUGAAGCACGACGGACAACGACGCAUCACCACCGAAUUACCGGCGCCAAAAUGGCCGUGUCUGUCACAGACUUUGGGAGCCUAGCAGGCAGUGGCGAGCCCAACGGCUUUCUGGGAGCACACGCACGGCACCACACACAGCACACUGCAGCACUUCAGUCCGAGUGAUCUUCCUUACUCGCCCUCGUUCUUCCCUUUUGAAGCCCUUUUUCCUGCUUGUACAUAAGACUGACCUCACUGGAAAAUCUUAUUUGUUUAAAUUCUAUUAUAUAUAUAUAUAAAUAUAUAUAUACAUAUCUAUAUAUAUGUAUAUAAAUCUACUUUUUGUUUCCAUUUUUUGUGUAAUAUGACAUCAGUGAUGUCUAUCAUAUAGAACUAAAAUCUUGAUUUCUCUCAAGAGUUUUUAUAGCCAUUUAUUUUUCGUUUGAGUUGUUGAUAUGUGUAACGUCCAUGUACAGUGGGGCCCAGAAGCUGCAGAAUCUUCUUCCCUCACACUUGCAUACAGCAUCCUCUGAGCUACAGUCCAUUAUCCUGCCAUUUGUUUCAGCUGCCAAACUGGUUUAGUUUUCUGCCUUUAGUGUUAGCAUUUAGCUGCUGCUUUUUUGUUGUUUUGAAGUGGUACUUCUAUUUAUUAUUUCCCUUUUUUUUUUAUGGUGUUGGGUUUACAGGUACUUUUAUAGUAACCAGAUUAGUGCAGAGGUUUUUUUUAUUUUCAUCCCUGAAACACUUGUGUACAUGUAUGAGCACUAGCACAGAGAUUAGCCUGUAGUCUGGUAAGCGUCUGCUUGCUUUUGUUGCAUAGGCCUUCUUAUUAGUUUCUCUUUUUUUUUUUUUCUUCCUAUUUGAGUGCUUGUCCAAAUUAUCAGUUUGUUUGCAAUCUUACUUCACUUAAAAUUGGCCCAAAAACUGGAACAUGUCUAUAUUUGCGGAGGUUAAUUCUUUGUCAAAUUCCACACAUAAUUGUUUCACUGUUCUAGUUCAAAACAGCUGUUGAAAUACACAUUUAGAACUCUUUCCAGGAUAUUGGCAAACUGUAAGAGCAAUUUAGCAAUGCAAAGGUUUUGGUUGGGUUAAUAGCCAUCUAUACACUUGCACAGUGAAAUUUGUAUUUAUUGAAUAAUCUUCUACCUUAAUGAGAUUUUCAUUUAUUCUUUUUGAGUUUGUGCUUGCGGUCAUGCUGCUCUUAGGCGGGUUUUGCUGUAUAUGUCCUAGCUGUUGUAAAAAUGGUAGAAUAUGUCCUUAAAUCAAGUAGCGCCAUUACCCGGCUUCUAGUAAGCUUUUGUACUCUCAGUAUUAUGUUUAUUUAAAGCCUCUCUGAUUUUUGUAUUGAACCUCUGCCUAGCCUGUACUGACUAGAGAUGCCUUUUGAAAUCUGGUCGGCAAUUUCUCGGAGCCUGGUAGCAGAAAAGGAUGUUUUGGCUUGACUGAAGUCCAUCAUUGUGAAAUGUAAACUGUUAGCGAGUCAGCGUCGGUUAAUUGGAUGCAGUAGUAGUGUUUACUUAAUUUAUCUAUGCAUUGUGCUAUGAAUAUUUAGUUUGUUUCAGGGGGACAUUUUUUUUCUUAAAUCAUGUCCAUAGAUUUAGUAUUUCACCAUAAUGUGUGUACAGAUAGACUUUAUGCCUGAUAACCACCAUUAAGUUUAAGUAAUUCAGUUCCCAAACCCAGCAUCAGAGAGGACAUUCACAUCUACAUUUCAUGUAAAUAUUUAGCAAAUAGCCUUUAAAAGUCUAUUACUGACCUCUUACACUUGUGAAUCUGUAUUGAUACAAAGGUUUUAAUUUGAAUCCUUGUCAGAAAGGCAAUAAUAUGUAGAUAUGUACAGACAUUUGGGGUUUUGCAUUUUACUGUUUUGACUUGGUGUUUAAACUUAAUUUUUCUCUUUGGAAAGUCAUGCUACCCAAACACCAGGACCCAGCUGAAACCACGCAUGCCAGCUGUGGCCAUCUCUAAAGUGUACCACUGAAAACGGCUUUACCUGAAGACGUAUUGAUAUUCCUCAAUGUUGCAGCCUUUGCAUUUGAGAGAUUCAGCUAUGUGUAAAUGACACUCAUCUUUCUUUCCUCGGGAAAAAAAAAUCUUUUUACAUGUCUAUAUUUGUCUCUAUGGUAAAGGGAUGGCUGCUGCUCUAAUUGGAGAGCUAGUUUCUCUUUCAAAGCAAUGUGCAUAAUGCAGUAGGUCCUCUGAGCUCUUCUAGCUUUAGCAGUGCAGUGAUAUUUAUUUCACCUGUGGUUUGUACAAAGACUAAAAACUGUCAGAAUGUAAAGGCCAUUGAGUAGUGUAAGUAGGUUUUCACCACCCUGUGAACUCAAAUGUGAUAUUUUAUUGAUAUCUCUGUUAUGAGACUUGUGUGUGCAAGAAAGCACUAAAAUUUAUUUUAUAUUUUGUAUUGUUUUGAAGUUUUAAAAAGGAAAAAAAAAAAAUCUAGCAGUUGUGGUUUUGGAAAAAGAAAACUCGAGUCCUUUGAAAACAAACACCUUUGUGGAUAAAAACCUACAAAACUUAAAAAUGUAUAUCCAGAAAUAUAGACAAUCAAAACUUCAUUAUGAAUUGUUCAAGAAGCUAUCUUUAUUGUUUAUAAGAAUUGUACAUAAACAUUGCUGUUUUUUUUUUCUUUUGUUAAACAUUAUUUUGUAUUUUCUGUUGUACUUUAAUACCUUGUGUACAGAUCCAGAAAUAAAGCUCUGGAAAAAGUUUGGAGGGCAUCACAUGGUCUUCCUUUCAGGGCAGACGGAAAAGCUUUUGGUGACACAGUUACUAUGUGAACACGUACACAAUUUUACAGGCAAAUAAGUUAAACAACGGCUUUUUUCAGCAGCGGCUUCAUAAAAUGUAAAUAUCAGCGU